ACGAACCUAAACCAUGUGUGUGGGUUGGUUUUGUCAACGCUCCGUUCAGCUGACUGACCAUCGACUCGCUCAUCAAUCCAAUCCUCGUCUUCUCAAAAAAACAAUUCUCAUCCCCUCUUGAGCGCAUCGAAUCGGCCGGGUUGGAAUCGGACUCGAUGCUGCUUCUCUUCCUCUCCCUCUUGGUGCUUCUGCCAUUGCCCCCCCUCCCCCACGCAUCCGCCGACGCCGACAUCUGCAUCGUCGGCGGUGGCAUCUCCGGCGCCUCCACCGCCUUCUUCCUCACCAACUACACCACCUCCCUCGCUGGAGCGCAGCUGCGCGUCUUCGAGCGCCGUCACAAGGUGGGCGGCCGCCUCGGCACCGUCACUCUCGCGGGCGACAGCUUCGAGGCCGGGGGCUCCAUUAUCCACCCCCGCAACCUCCACGCGCGCCGCUUCACCGACCUCCUGGGCCUCGCCGCCAAGGCCGGCGGCGACGACGACGACUGGCUAGGGAUCUGGGACGGCAAAAGCUUCAUCUUCCAGACGCUCCGCCCACCGCCAACCGGCAGCUCCUGGUGGCGUCGCAAGCUGCACAGCCUCGUCAACUCGCUGCUGCUGCUCAGGCGAUAUGGCAUGUCCCUGCUCAAGAUGGACAAGUUUGUCCAGGAAAUGCUGCAACGGUUUAUGCUCUUCUACAAUGGCUUGGAGUCUCGCCCUGUCUUUGACACGGUUGAGGAGAUGCUCCAAUGGACGGGUCUCUAUGGCCUCACCCGCAGGACCCUUGAGGAGGAGCUGCUCGAUGCCGGCCUCAACACCCAAACAAUAGCAGAGCUUGUCACUGUUAUCACAAGGAUCAACUAUGGCCAAAGCACACACAUAAGUGGCCUGGCUGGCGCCGUGUCUUUAGCUGGAUCUGAGUCAGGAUUAUGGGCUGUCGAAGGGGGCAACUGGCAGCUAGCUGCUGGAUUGCUAAAGACCUCUAACGCAACCUUGCAUCUUCAAGAAGGCAUCGACUCAAUCACUGAUGCUGGGGAUUACUAUGUUCUGAGAUCCAAUACUGGGAGCGAAUACAACUGUACGGUGACUGUAGUGGCAACACCACUUGACGAGGUGAACAUUACGUUUAGCCCUCCAAUCUCCAUUCCGCUGAGGAAGAUGCAGCACACACAUGCGACCUUUGUCAGAGGCCUAUUGAACCCUGUAUAUUUUGGUCUAAACUCAGCAUCAAAUAUUCCAGAGCUGAUUGGCACCCUAGAGCUCCCUGAUAUCCCUUUCUCGUGCAUCUCAGUUCUGAAGAGGUACAGCGAAGAUGACAUGGCCUACAAGAUGUUCUCACGUGCAAAGCUGGAUGAUGGUUUACUGGAUCAGAUAUUCAGCAAGAGGAAAGAGACGAUCCGGAUAAACUGGGCUGCUUACCCGCACUACCAAGCCCCCGAAGAGUUUGCUCCGAUAGUGCUGGACGGGAAGCAGCUGUACUACGUGAACACCUUUGAGAGCGCGGCGAGCGCCAUAGAGACGGGUGCCGUGGCAGCAGAGAAUGUGGCACGGCUCAUCAUUUCGAGGCGUUCUCUACCGCAGCGAGGAGUGGAGCCUGAUGCUCCUCAUAUCAAGCCAUUCGCGGAGCAGGAGGAAGAAGGAUCCCAGCGUCGGCAUGUAGACCUGUGAUUCUGUGAAGCUGGGCUGGGAUGUGCCUGUGCCUGUGAAACUUUGUAUAGAUUUUAGCUGGGCACUCUAGGCGCAACAGAUGCAUUAUGUGUGGAGCUGUGGCACUCUGGCUUUUAGCUGUGUUGAUUGAGUUGUACUCGACUACUAUUACUUGAGUGUCUGCUGUUGAGUUGCAGCGGCAUUUUGGUACAUUUGAUUUGGUGACGAAUGUUUUGUAGAUGGAUGAUACAAUAUAUCAUACUGUAGCACUUUUGUUUGUAUUUGAUAAACAUUGUCUAAUCAUAGAUCAACUAGACUCAAAA